AUGCCGCCAACCAAACAGUCAACCCGCUACGUAUUCACCAUCAACAAUUACACCGACAAUGAUAUCAAGCUCCUCAAACCCUUCUACGAAGAUUACUGCAAAUACCUUGUUUACGGCAAAGAAGUAGGCGAGAAGGAGCUUACUCCUCACCUUCAAGGAUUCUUCACACUGAACACAAAACUCUCCAUGACCGGCGUACACAAAGCCCUCGGAUCCUCCAAGAUUGCUCUCCAACCCGCCGCUGGUACAUCUGUACAAGCUUGGAGUGUCACCUGA